UUCUUCAGUAUGCAGAUCUUCGUAAAGACCCUCACGGGCAAGACUAUCACCCUUGAGGUGGAGUCGUCCGACACCAUUGACAAUGUCAAGUCCAAGAUCCAGGACAAGGAGGGUAUCCCCCCCGAUCAGCAGCGUCUGAUCUUCGCUGGUAAGCAGCUCGAGGACGGCCGUACCCUCUCGGACUACAACAUCCAGAAGGAGUCGACCCUGCACCUCGUGCUGCGCCUGCGUGGUGGCGGCAAGAAGCGCAAGAAGAAGGUCUACACCACCCCCAAGAAGAUCAAGCACAAGCACAAGAAGACCAAGCUCGCCGUCCUCAAGUACUACAAGGUCGACGGUGAUGGCAAGAUCGAGCGUCUGCGCCGCGAGUGCCCCUCGCCCGAGUGCGGUGCCGGUAUCUUCAUGGCCGCUAUGCACAACCGCCAGUACUGCGGCAAGUGCCACCUUACCUACGUCUUCGACGAGUCCAAAUAAAUGGAUCGUCCCUGAUGCUAGCGUGAGGGUCUUGGAACGUGCCGACUCGAUCGUUCUUCGAUAAUAGCCUUGAUAGUACAAGAAUCUAAAAAAUUCAAAUCU